AUUAAUUUCAAAUGUAUAAAUGCCAGAAUUCAUAUGAAUACAGAAUGUACCUGAUUUAGAAGAAGCUUUUCUUGUGUCCGACACAGGCAGAGAGAGUUCCAGAUUGCGAAAGCCCACGAUCCCUACCCUCCAUUCGGAGCUACCAAUUUUCCUGAAGAGAACCAUUUUUUACCAGGGUGGGUUACCAACGAUCAACAACGGACGGGCAGAGGAGCCAGGGGGGUGCUUCUCGCUCCGUGGGAGGAAGGGACGACGUGCGUUCCCUGUCCAGUAGCAAAAGGCGAUGGAUCCCUCCUUCUAGCUUGAGACGAGAUGCACUUACCCCAGACAACAAAUAUGACCUUACUUUCCGGAAGGUUCGAGGAGUUCUCAACAAACUCGCCCCUGAGAAGUUCCAUAAGCUAAGCAAUGACAUCCUAAAUGUAGGCCUUGAUUCAACCACAAUUCUCAAAGGGGUCAUUUUGUUGAUCUUCGAAAAGGCCCUUGAUGAACCGAAAUAUUGUUCUAUGUACGCACAGCUGUGCAAGCGGCUGUCAGAAGAGGCUCCAAACUUUGAUCCACCUGACAGACCUUGUACUUAUAACCGUCUACUUUUGAGCAAGUGCCAGGAUGAGUUUGAACGUCGGCGAUGUGCCGCCGAGGCAUGGGAUGGAUCGGAGGGGGCGGCCCUCACCCCAGAGCAAGAGGAAGAACGUGCAGCAGCAAAACGCAAAAUGGUCGGCAACCUCCGCUUCAUUGGUGAAUUGGGCAAGCUGGAGAUUAUUCAUGAAUCCAUCCUCCAUCGCUGUAUCCAACAGUUGUUGGAGAAACGUCGGCGUCGACCAAUGGUUGACUUGGCUGAGGAUCUGGAGUGUCUGUGCCAGAUAAUGAGGACUUGUGGAAAGGUGCUGGACAAGCCCAAGGCCAAGCCUUUAAUGGACCAGUACUUCGAACGCAUGUACCAGUUGAGCAGCUGUACGGACCUUCUGGCACGGAUCCGCUUCAUGUUGCAGGAUGUGCUGGAUUUGCGUGCUGCAAACUGGGUCCCUCGCAAGAUUGCCCAGGUGGAUGGCCCACGCACCAUUCGUCAGGUGCGUGAGGAGGCAGCACACGACCUCGGUGUUUACAUCCCUCCACCUUCAACGCACGGACCACCGCGAUCCUCUGGACCCAUCUCGCCUCUGGCUGGUGUUUCAUCCUUUUUCCCACAGCCGGGAGGGAAUCGCACUGGCAUGGAGGAUGUAUUUAUGGGAGCAGUGACUUUGGGCACAGGACCUGGAGUCAUUUCAUCUCAGCCUGACAAAUAUGGUUUUGACUCAAAUGGUUUUGGCUCUGGUGUCAGUGGAGGCGGCGGCUACAGACCACGUCAACAACAGGGGUACAACUCUUACCAGAACAAGCACUUCAACAACCAGAUCUUCAGUCGACAGCAACAGAACAACCAAUACAACCAGCAACAGAAUUACAGCAAUAUCCCCACAAAGGACCUGCCUCCUCGCUUUAAGAAGAUUUUAAGCCAUACAAACCCUGGAGGAACUGGCAGUUCAGAUGGGGAAGUGUCAUUGCGUCCUGCAGCUUCUAGCAUGAUGCUGAAGCCGAAGACUCCUGGGGUGUUGCCACAGAGUGCCUUAGGCACCCAGCAAAGUAGUGAUCACCACCACCAUCACCAUCACCACCACCACUCUAAUCUACCACUAGCUCCUCAACCCCAACCACCCAACCAGAAACCCACUCCACCACUCAUGCACAAGGACCCUCCUAUUCUCAUAAAACAAGCAUCAACUGACAAAUCCCGUGCCAAUAGGAAGGAUAGGGGUCCAAGCCGUGAGGAGUGGCUGCGGCGUGUGAAAAAUGUGUAUGAGGAGGCCAUGAAGGAGCAGAACUUGGAGGAAGCUGUUGAAAGUUAUCGCUCCCUUAAGCUACCAGAGCGUCUUACUGCUGAGGCUGUACAGACUGUUCUAAACUUUCUCCUCACUCAAGAAGCAGAGAGCAACCGUGAGCUGGGCAGUCAGCUGUUAGAGAGACUUCGUAUUGAUGGUCUUGUUAAUGUUGAUCGUCUUUUUGAUGGAGUCAAGCAGGUUCUUGGUCGCCUUGAUGACCUGGUCACUGACAUCCCUCGAGUUAAGUCUCACAUGGCAGGAAUCUUAGGUUACUUGGUAGGGUCGGGAACUCUAUCAUUAGCUGAUGUAGCUGAACCUUUGGAGGGAGGACAACACUUCCCACUUUUCCUGCUAACCCUCCAGACUUUGCACAAACUUCAGGGAAAAUCUGCUCUUACCCAAACCUUCAAUGAUAGCAAGGUGAACCUUCUCAACUUGCUGCCUGAAUCUGAUCGCACGAAGGAAAAGUUAGCGGACCUUCUUGAAGACCGUGAUCUUUCCUUCCUGUUUCCGCUUCUACGAAUCCAAUCUGAUUUAUGGCGAGCCCUCAUUGCUGACCCAACACCGCACACGUUUUAUAAAUACAUCAAGGACACCCUAGAUGUAGAACAUCACACUGCUCCAGGAUUUAUAAAUGCAUUAAUGACGGUGUUGGUCAAAUAUAUUACACAGGAAACCACAUUGGCUCCUGGAUCUGACCCAACAGUCAUCCCUGAGAAGUUGAUUACUGAACAAGAACAAGAACUUUUAGCCAAGUUUAAGCCUGUGUUACAGGCUUUUCUACAUGAACAUCUUCCCCUUCAGGUCACUGCUGUAUAUGCAUUGCAGGUCUUCACGUACACUCACAAUUUUCCCAAGGGCAUGCUGCUAAGGUGGUUUGUGAAUUUGUAUGACUUGGAAAUAAUAGAAGAGGAUGCCUUCCUGACCUGGAAGGAAGACUUGAGCCAGGACUACCUUGGUAAAGGAAAGGCACUAUUCCAGGUGAAUCAAUGGCUUACUUGGCUGCAGGAAACAGAAGAGGAUGAUGAAGAGGAGGAGGAUGCCUAAUGAAGUCAUCAAAGUUUAAUUGAUAGACGAACAAGGAAUAAUGAUAGUGAAUAUGUUGAGAGAUUGUUACAGACAAAUUGAAGAGAUUGCUGGGAUAUGAUACAGCUAAUUUACAAGUUAAAUGAAAUGAAAACAAUGGAUGAAAUUGAACCCUUGCUCUGAGGAGACUGUCUUGUUUCUAAGCUUCAUGGGUAUUUAAUCCUAUUAUUCUCUCCUGUUGCUGCUGUUGUGUGUGCCUGUAGAGGCAGAGACGGUCAGAACUCCUGGGAACAAGGCUUUAAUAAGUGCUGUGGGAUAAGGUAACUAUACAUAGGCAGUAUGAAGCUGGAUUUGGAGUAAGGCAGUGGAAAACAGUGAGUUUUAGCCAUUGGUGGCUCAAGAUUUUGGAAUUUUUGGUUAACACCAAAGUGUUCUCAAAACAGUAUGUCAAAUGCUAAUGAAAAGUUGUGUAAAAAAAAGACUUACCAAAAAAAACAGGAAAAUUAUCCUAUAAAACUGAAACGAUGCCUUAGUGUUGUAUGAAGUUGCUACAUAAUCUCUUGUAAUCCAUUUAUUGCUUCUCAAGCUAUGUCAUCACUAGAUGUUUAUAGUAACAUAUUUAGUAAGCACUUAAAUAUUUAACUGUUUUUAAACCUUUGUGACAUUGUUAUUUUUAUGUACUCUAUAGCUUUAUUUUCCCUAUUUUCUUUUACCAAAUACAUGUUAUACAUUAGAUGAAGUUGAAUAUGGUGGACUGGAGGUUACAUCUCUUAUUUAUGAGAAUUAUGAUGUUAGAUGGUUGAUUCGUUUUGUACUCGAAUAUUAAGCACGUGCGUAAGUGUAACAGAAGGAAGUGUGUAUGAUCAAUUUUUAAUCAAGAAUAUUUCCAUCCUGUGUAGGAGUGUUUUUGGUUCAACAAUAGGGUCUUUCAGCCUUUGGGUUAAACCCAAGAUUUUCAGUUUUCAGGAUUCCCAUCAACCUGGGUAAAAUGUCUCUUCAACACUUUUAGGCAUAGAGUGACUGAGUAAAUCAUUCCAUAAUUAGUAGCCUUGGAGUUUGGAUGUCCUUUUUCACUACUUCGCUGUCAUUGCCUGCGGCUGUAGCACUGACCAAUAAACAUCACUCUGAAA